CGGGUGGCUGAAGUUUAAGGACGGACUGCGGGAACGCUGUCAGUUCAGUGUUCAGUUCCGUGCGAAUUGGCGUUGGGUGUGGACGCGAGUGGCGGUAAGCAGGCGACGUCUCUAAGAAACAGCUCUUCCAUCUCUCGUGACUCUGGCGCCGAUGCGGCAGUAGCUGGCUGCUAGUUCAACAAUUCCCGCAUAAGUUCAAGUGACAAUUGCCCAGCCAAUAACAACUUUCCGACGAAGUCAACGCAAACUGAUACCGAUUCGAUUGUCUCUCGAUCCCCAUCGAUUCAUUACGCACAGGAAAGGAAAGCCAAGCAUUAAGUUUCAGUGAAAAAGUUUCCUUGGCUCCGUUGGCCUGGCCACGCUAGCGAAGCGAAGCCAAAAAUUUCGCAAAUGUGUUUACCUAACGUCGGGCUAAACCAAUUAACAGAAUUCGUUCUUGUGUAAUAAAUAAAUUGGCAACAAUUAUAACUUGCAAUCUCACUCAAGCAUAAUCAAAUGAAAAGUUCAACAAAAUGUUUACGGCAAUUGCAGCUCAAAGCGGGAGACCAUAGACGGUUUUCAAGGUGCUGUGGUAGUGGCACCAAAACUCAAAGGAAGCCGCAAGGCUCGACCAGAAAUAUAUAAUUGGUAUUGCAGAAAGAAGCCAAGAAGCCGCACACAUCGCACAUUCCGUCCGCUUUCAGCCGAGGCGCAUGUGAACGUAGCCGGAGCCCAAAGAGAGCACGUGGGCGAGGCGGGCUGGCAAUGCCAAAAUGCCAUCGGCGCAUCAGAUCCUGUUCGUAAAUGUCACCACAACGGUGGCGGCGGCGGCUCUAACCGCUGCGGCCGCCGUCAGCACCGCAAAAUCCGGUAGCGGCGAUGCCACACGUCCGUAUACGAAUACGGAUGCGGAUGCGGAUGCGAUGGGUGUGGGUGUGGAAGCGCAGACAGUGUCCAACAUAUCCGGCUCGCUGGUGGAGGGCCUGACCACCGUGGCGGCGGCACUGAGCACGACUCCGGCGGAAGCGGACUCCGGCGGAGAGUGCGGCGGAGAGGUGGAGGAGCUGCACACCAGCGUGUUGGGCCUGCAGCUGGCGGUGCCGGAGUGGGAGGCCCUGCUGACCGCCCUGGUGCUGUCGGUCAUCAUCGUGCUGACCAUCAUCGGGAACAUCCUGGUGAUCCUGAGCGUGUUCACCUACAAGCCGCUGCGCAUUGUCCAGAACUUCUUCAUCGUGUCGCUGGCGGUGGCCGAUCUCACGGUGGCCCUGCUGGUGCUGCCCUUCAACGUGGCCUACUCGAUCCUGGGCCGCUGGGAGUUUGGCAUCCAUCUGUGCAAGUUGUGGCUCACCUGCGACGUCCUGUGCUGCACCAGCUCCAUCCUGAACCUGUGCGCCAUCGCCCUGGACCGCUACUGGGCCAUCACGGACCCCAUCAACUACGCCCAGAAGCGGACCGUCGGCCGCGUCCUGCUGCUCAUCUCCGGUGUGUGGCUGCUCUCGCUGCUCAUCAGCAGUCCGCCGCUGAUCGGCUGGAACGACUGGCCGGACGAGUUCACCAGUGCCACACCCUGCGAGCUGACCUCGCAGCGCGGCUACGUCAUCUACUCCUCGCUGGGCUCCUUCUUCAUUCCGCUGGCCAUCAUGACCAUCGUCUACAUCGAGAUCUUCGUGGCCACGCGGCGGCGCCUGCGCGAGCGGGCCAAGGCCAACAAGCUCAACACGAUGGCGCUCAAGUCCGCCGAGCUGGAGCCCAUGACCAAUUCCUCACCUGCCGCCGCCUCCGCUUCCGCCUCCGGCUCCAAGUCGCGGCUCCUGGCCAGCUGGCUAUGCUGCGGCAGGGAUCGCGCCCAGUUCGCCACGCCCAUGAUCCAGAACGACCAGGAGAGCAUCAGCAGCGAGACCCACCAGCCGCAGCAGCCGCACGAGGGCUCCAAAACGAGGGCGGGAUCCCAGAGCCACGGCGAUCCGCAGCAGCAGCAGCAGCAGCAGCAGCAGCAGCACGUGGUCGUGCUGGUCAAGAAGUCGCGGCGCGCCAAGAUCAAGGACUCGAUCAAGCACGGCAAGGCCAGAGGCGGUCGAAAGUCGCAGUCCUCGUCCACCUGCGAGCCGCACGGCGAACAGCAGCUCCUGCCCUCCAGCGGGGGCGGUGGAGGGGGAGGGGGAGGGGGAGGAGGAGCGGAUGGCUGCAGGACCGGCGGAGGGAAGUCCGACGCCGAGAUCAGCACGGAAAGUGGCAGCGAUCCCAAGGGUUGCAUACAGGUCUGUGUGACCCAGGCGGACGAGCAGACUUCCCUCAAACUGACCCCGCCGCAAUCCUCGACGGGGGCAGCCACCGUUUCCGCCACGCCGCUGCAGAAGAAGCCCAGCGGAGUGAACCAGUUCAUCGAGGAGAAGCAGAAGAUAUCGCUGUCGAAGGAGCGCCGCGCGGCCCGCACCCUGGGCAUCAUCAUGGGCGUCUUCGUCAUCUGCUGGCUGCCCUUCUUCCUCAUGUACGUCAUCCUGCCCUUCUGCCAGAGCUGCUGCCCCACGAACAAGUUCAAGAACUUCAUCACCUGGCUGGGCUACAUCAACUCCGGUCUCAACCCGGUCAUCUACACCAUCUUCAACCUGGACUACCGGAGGGCUUUCAAGCGGCUGCUGGGCCUGAACUGAGGGCCCGGAGAGUGUUGCUCAGAGUUUGUGCCAAACUUAAAUAGAUGUUUAUCCGACCAGCAAAGAUCAAGAUCUCAGUCGUAAGUUGAGCCCCAACUUCAAAACUUCCGACGUGGAACCAAAAUCAAACUUCUCAAACUGCUCGUUUCCUAAUAUGUCAUAAUUUUGAGCCCUAAGCUUUUUUCUCAAAAAAGUACGACGACUUUAAUUUUGACUGUACUCAAAUUUGUUUCUCAAAUUUUAAUUUAGGUUAGGCUUUUUUUUGUUUAUGUUUUCAUAGUUUAAAUUAAUAUUGUGUGUGGAUCUAAUCUUGUCCAAAAAAUGGAGAAAACAUAAUGCGAUUUCAACUAAGAGGUGUUUCCAGAAUUUUUUCAAGUGCUGAAAUUGAUCCUGAUAAUAUUGAUCAACAUUACAAGAAUAAUAGCUUUUAUUGUUUGGAGUUGUCGGGAUUACGGGAUUUAAAAAAGGGUUUUUAAAUUAAAAGCCUGUUCGGUAGAUCUUUUGUGUAGGCCAACUAAAUUUCAUAUGAAAUUUGUAUGAUCAAAAUACCAAUUUUGCCAAUUCAAAAUGCUUGUUUACCAACAUUUUAUUUAAUUAAAAUGUUUUAAAGUUUAUGUGUAGAAGCACCUCUGUUCCCUGUUUUUUUUUUUUUUUUUUUGGUUUUCAGUUCGGUUAGUUUCUUUUGUUGGGGAAAACUAGUGCUUACUUAAAUAAUUAAAAACUGUUCAAUACUCAUAUUAUAAGGGGUUGUGCUGGGAUAAAAAUGAGGAGAUAUGCAUCCAGCCGUACACGCCUACAAAUAAAAUCAUCAAAAUUACAAAGUAACAAAUUGCAUAACCAUACAUAACAUUAUACAGGAUAAGUGACAUCCCAUACGAGAAUAGCAUCAUAAUGAAUUUAAUAUAAUUAAAUUAAAUGUUUAGACACAAGAUCUGUGGCAACUUUCGUGUUUCACCCUAUGCGUAUGGAAAAACCAAAUCGGUGUUAGUUAAAUUCAAUCUGCGCUCAAAAUAUGUAUAACAACUAAGCUAAACACAAACUUCCAAGAAAUAAAAUUUGUUUUCUAGGCAUUACUUUAACGAUUUGUAUUUAAAUGUAAUUUAAUUGUAGGCAAGCAAAAACCAAACUACUAUACUUAAUUGUAUAUUUUCAAAUACGCUUUGAACUAUUUGUUAAAUAAUUUAUUGAUUAAUUGUUUUUAUGACAGAGCAACAAUUGUGUUGAGUGGGCAGCUAAAAGCUUGCGCAUCGAAACUUUCUUAGGAUAGAUAAAUGUUUAAUUGCACUUUACGAAAUGCAACAUUGUUAGCGAAUUGGAGUACAUGCUAUAUCGUAUAUAUCACAAUUUAUGUCUUUUAACGACGAUGUACGAUAGUUUCACUAAUUAACUUGUUUAACGAGCAAAUGCAAGCUAAGCAUAUACGAAACAAACAAAA